UAUAGGUCUGCAUUGCAUAGUAUUAUAUUGCAAUAAAAGCAUUGGCAUCUAUACAAUUGAGGAAUAUAUUCGGUUUUUAGCGCUACCCCCAACUGUAACUGUCAGCGAACAGGAACGUACCCAUUGGAAUCUCUAUUGCGCAUGCUUCCUUGAAUGUGUAAAGCUAAUGGCUAAGGAUAAACUACAUUAACAGUCUAACCAUUUUUAUUUACAAUGGCAGAAUAUGGAGAGGAAGAGGGAUUCAUGUUGCCUGUAGACGACGGUUUAUUUGCUGAUACAUUUUCCGAUGAUAGCGUGUACAAAUUCAUCGGUCAAGAGUUAAAGAUCAGCCAGGUGUUCAGCGCCAACCUCGGCGUGGCAGCGCCAGUGUGGGACGCCGCGCUUCAUCUAUGCCGCUAUUUCGAGGAAAACUCGCUCAACCUGAAAGGAAAGCGCAUCAUUGAGUUGGGCGCAGGAACUGGCAUUGUUGGCAUUUUGGCAGCACGUUUGGGAGCGGAUGUGACCUUGACAGACCUCCCCCUUGCUGUCCCUCAACUGCAAAGCAACGUCUCGGCCAACAUGCCGUCCUCUGGCUGGCCUUCUGUUGCCCCCUCCGUCCUCCCCCUCUCCUGGGGCCAAGACCAGCACAUCUUCCCCAUGGACUGGGACCUGGUACUGGGUGCAGACAUUGUGUACCUGUCUGAGACUUACCCCCUCCUGCUGGACACACUGGCUCACCUGUGCAAGGACAGGGCAGUGGUGUACCUCUCAUCCAAGAUGCGAGAAGAGCACGGAACGCCUGGCUUCUAUGGAGACACUCUGCCACAGAGGUUCCAUGUAAAGCUGGAGCACCGCGACCCCACACAGAACAUCAACAUCUACAGCGCUACUCUGAGAGGGAAGCAGUGACAGAAAUGAGACUGGAUAGGACUGGGAGACUGAUGAACCGGUAAAUAGGUUGAGACUUGGAAGAGAACCACACAACAGUGCCUAACUCUCUGAACCCUCUGGUGUUCCUUCCUCUCCGAAAAAACUUUGUGCAGGAGCUGGAUAAGAAAGAAUAGGCACCUGACACAAAAGAGCAAAGGCUCCUCACUCUGAUUUUAGUGCUCCCAAAAGUGUUAUUUUAAACAAAAUAUAGACCAAUAGGUCAUCAUGUUGAAUGAAAAGGUCUGUAUUAGAGGUCGACCGAUUAAUCAGAAUGGCCGAUUAAUUAGGGACGAUUUCAAGUUUUCAUAACAAUCGGAAAUCGGUAUUUUUGGGCGCCGAUUUCCGAUUUUCUUUUAUUUGU